AUGUGGUUCCAAGCUGCUGCAGCGCUGGUGCUGUCGAGCCUGCCCUUGCUCGCAACCGCGGCCCCAGCAACUUCGGGCGAGCCUCACAUCGACCACGAUGUCGUCAUUGUCGGCGGAGGCCCGUCCGGGUUGAGUGCCCUCAGCGGCCUGGCCCGGGUCCGGAGAAACGUCCUCUUGAUCGACUCUGGCGAGUAUCGCAACGGCCCAACCCGGCACAUGCACGAUGUCUUGGGCUUUGACGGCGUGACCCCUGCGUACUAUCGGUGGGCUGGUCGCCAGCAAAUCUCUCACUAUAAGACCGUCUCGAUGAGGAACGGGACCGUGACCAAGAUUGAGCCGAUGCAGAACAACACCUACUUCCGCGUCACCUACGCCGUCAACAAGGGCGCCGAGUCGAUGACCAAGACAGCCCGCAAGAUCAUCUUGGCCACGGGGCUUCGCGACCUGCUGCCCAAGACGCCAGGCAUCCGGGAGAACUGGGGCAGCGGCAUCUACUGGUGCCCUUGGUGCGACGGCCACGAGCACGAGGACCAGAGGCUGGGACUCAUCGCCCCGCUCGAGUCCAUUCCCGGCCUGGUGCGUGAGAUCCUGUCGCUCAACAGGGAUAUUGUCGCCUUUGUCAACGGUACCGACACGCCCCAGGCACAGGUUGCCACCGACAAGGCGAGCCCCCAGUGGCGCGACUACCUCAAGAUCCAUAACGUGCGGGUGGAAAACCGCACCAUCGCCUCAGUCGAGCGAACAGCCAAUGGCACCAACGGCAGCGAAGACCCCAGCCUGCCGACCGUCGCCGAGCACGACAAGUUCCUCGUCACUUUUGCCAGCGGCGAGCCCGUCGCUAGAGACGCCUUCCUGACCAGCUUCAAGAACGAACAGGCGUCCAAGGUCGGUGAGGCCAUGGGCGUCAAGCUGCUGGGCGGGCGUCUGACGGCCGACGGAUCCAAGGGCCUGGUGACCAACAUCCCCGGCGUCUAUGCCGUCGGCGACGCCAACUCGGAUAACAGCACCAAUGUGCCCCAUGCCCUCUUCUCCGGCAAGCGGACGGCAGUAUUUGUGCACGUGCAACUCGAACGAGAGACGGCGGAGAAGGAGCUCGCGGCCUUUGCCCAAGCCGGCAAGCCGGCCAAGCGGAGCAUCCACGAGGAGGCCCGGUCCGUCUGGAACGUCAUGAAUGGCCGCUCCGACGAGAUGCUCUUCGCCGGAGAAUUUGACCAAUAA